GUGUUUUUCCAGACUAUGCUCUACAUCUAUGUCAAAUUUCACCGAGAUCCGUUGAGCCCCUGUGAUAAACAAACAUUCGUCCAUCCAUCUAAACAUUCGCAUUCAUAAUAUUAGUGAGAAAUAAGAUUUCACUUUAGCAAUAUCGUUAUUCAAAAACCAAAUGAACACGUGUAAAAUAUCACUAAUUUUUCGUAUGGCAACACUGAACACUGAGGUCGAGUAUUCGCCAUCUUAUUGUUUAUUUCUAUUUUCAUAGUCUUACGAGCAUGUUAUAACAAUUUAUUAGUGACGGUUCUUAAACAAAGAUGUUUGUGCUUACGCUUAAGAUAUUUAAUUAGUUUGGAUGGAUUUACUGUGUCAGUGUGGUGUUAAGUGCACUUAUUCGUGUCGAAGCAAAUUGUCCAGGCGUUUUAUUCCAUGAACAAUCACAGUGAUCAAAAUGGCCGCCAGCCCCCGCUGCCCGCGCAGCCACGGCCCCCUGCACGGACUGAAACGGAAAAUACGACAUCAAGCAAUGAACCUAAGCAAAUAUGUCGUAAUUAUGUCUGGGGCACAUGCAAGAAAAAUACGAAAUGUAAAUUUCGUCACGAACUGGAUUUUGAAGAAAUGAAAAAAAUUCUUAAAUUCUGUCACGACUAUCAAAACAAAACUGGCUGCACGAGGGGAGACUGUACAUACCUACAUACGACUAGAGAAGAGGAAAAUCUUUUUCUGGCUACAGGGGAAAUACCUCGUGUGCUUGCAGAACGUCAUGCCGCCAUGCAAAAAGCGGCAACGGCGAACAAUGGCGAGACAAUACGGCAGAUAGCAGUGUUUAUUAGAGAAUCUUACGUACCUCCCCAACAGAAUGGAUUGCCGGGGCCCAUGCCGCCUUCGUCGGUACCCCCCGGCGCGACAGCCUGUGCAGCGAGGCCGGCGCCGCCGCCGCCUCCACCAUCAGUCCAUGCGAUGUCGGUGAUGCCAGCCAUGCCGCUUCAAAUCAUGCCACUGCCAGUCCAGCAACCACCGCCUCCUCCGCCUCCCCCACCGCCCCCGCCGCCACCUCCUACAGCUUCCCCGAGUGAUCCACGGCCCACAGCCCCUGUUUAUACAGCACCACUUGGUCAACCUCCAGAAAGAACAACAGUGGUUUUUCCAAUGAAUCAACCACCUCCUCCUCUGCCUGUCAUGUUUGACGCAAGUAAACCUCCACCACCAUUACCCAAUCAAAUAAAGACGAGUAGUGUUGCUGUGAAGCAUAAAGCAGUAAGUUUACCUGAAGCUGGACCAAGCAAAAUAAGGAAGCCAGGGGACAACAAUGUAGCAGACGCGCAUUGCGAAAACUGUGUUCAACGCAAGAUCAGGAUCGAUUUAUACUGUCAAGAAUUAGAUAAACUACAAUGUGAACAGGAAUAUCAAAAAUUGCUCUAUGAAAAGAACUUGGAAGAGUACAAAACUGCGAAAGAACUUUUGAGAUCUGUAGUCAGUGCUGACUUGUUUCGGAUUUUGGAAGAACAUAUCGAGGGAGUACCACAAAUACAAGAUAUUAUGUCUCACUUAAACCCAACAUCAUUUGGUUCGAGUAUGUCCACAGUACCAAAACAAUUUUUGUUACAACUUAUGGAUUGUGUUUUAAGUAAUCCGAGGAAUGUACUAGAUAUGGGUUCCAGUACUUCAAGCAAUUUGGAUGAAAGUUUUCUGCCAUCUUUAUCAUCCGUGUCUAGAAGGACAAACUCAAUUUUAAAUCAUUCAUCACCUACAGAUGUUAUACAAGCCUUUGUUGAUCUGCUUCAGCAUUCUAAAAUAAGUCCAGAUAAACAACAAUCAUCUGACUUUUCAAAUGAAAUAAACAGAUUAGCUGGUACAAAUAGCAGUAACGGCAUGAAUGGUAUCACCGGUUGCAGUACUAGUCAGAAAGUGGAAAGUUCAACUGCAACAUCAAUGGCGGGAUCAAUUACACAUAGCGGGAGUGUGGGCAUGUCCUCUUUUGCUGGGGCUCUAAUGACUGUCCCUCCUCCACCUUUCCCUUCUUACCAACCAACCAUCCCUCCACCACCACCCACUGGGUCGUACUAUAACUAGAUGUUUCCAGUCCCAUCUAGUGAGUAUUAGUAUUUAAAAGUAAAUGGAAUAUCCAAAUAUUGAUAAGACAUUUUAUUAGACACUUAAGUUUUAAAAUUGCAGAGCUAUUUAAAAAUAAAUAUGUAGACACGUGUAUAGCGUAUUUAGGUCAAACAAGGAAAUUUAUUUAGAUAUAGAUGACUAAUUGUUGGUUUCUAAGACCAAAAUCUUCAUAAUUUUUUUUUUUCAAUUCAUCUAUUUUGACAAAGAUAUGUCGAUAUGUUUUAUACCGGGAUUUUGGUCUCGGAAACCAACAAGUUGGAUAAAAAUCCCUCGAACAAGUAUUUUCUUUCAUUUACAUAAAGUACAGAAUGCGAAAGAAGGAUAUUUUUAAUGAGCGUAUAACAAAGACUAGAUCUUAUUUUAUUCAUGUACAGAAAUUCAAAAUUACGUAUCAACAACUUAUGAUCUAGCUUCCAAGAGUUUUAGCUAUAUUUCCAGGUCAUUGUGAAGCUCCAAAUUUUGAUAAUGCAAAAGGAAUCUUUAAAGUGCUACAUUAUUCUAAUCUUAAACAAAGACUUAUGGUGGGUCAAAAUGCAAUGAGGUAUUUUUUAUAUGGUUUGUAGUGAUAAAAUAAUGUGACAUGUAUAAGAUAUUUGUGAAGGUAAUAUCGGAUUUCUGUUCGAGACUUUGUAAAGUUAGAAGAAAUAAGUAUGUGUGAAUGAAAAGUGCAUGAAGGAAAGAGUGAUGUUAUUACAUUAAUAUCUUGCUUAGCGACGAGAAGGUUGUAUGACGCAUGGUUUCAAGUUAAGAGUAAUUUGCCUUUUUAGAUUAAUUUACCUACUAAGAGUAUGAAAUUUGUCUAGAUUGUAAGAUAACAUGUGCUAUGCCGGUCAGAUAAGCGA